UAAAAAAAUAUAAAGAAGAAGAGUUUGACUUUUGACUCAUUAACGUGUCAACUGUCAAGAGGUGAUUUUUCUUAGAGUUUUGGUAAGGUGUGUAGGCGAUUUUAAAAUAAAAAAUCAAAAAUGUUUGGUGGAGGACGUGCACCUAUUUUAGUUUUAAGCCAAAAUACUAAGCGUGAAUCAGGCAGAAAAGUCCAGGUGGAAAACAUCAAUGCCGGAAAGCAAAUAGCAGAUGUGAUUCGAACAUGCCUGGGGCCACAAGCUAUGUUGAAAAUGUUGAUGGAUCCCAUGGGGGGCAUCGUAAUGACGAACGACGGGAAUGCGAUCCUUCGUGAAAUCACAGUGCAACACCCUGCCGCGAAGAGUAUGAUUGAAAUCGCCAGGACACAAGACGAAGAGGUAGGAGAUGGAACUACUUCAGUUAUUGUAUUAGCCGGAGAAAUGUUGGCAGCUGCUGAGCAGUUUUUGGAACAGCAGAUGCAUCCCACAAUCAUUAUUCGACAGUACAGGCAAGCUCUCGAAGAUAUUGUGCAGUUAUGUGAAGGACCUCUAAGUAUUGCCAUAGAAAGAGAUGACAAAGCAGCUCUUGCUAAUGUGGUUAAAGGUUGUGUUGGCACUAAAUUCCUCAGCAAAUGGUCAGAUUUGGCAGUAAACAUUGCCCUGGAUGCUGUUAACACAGUUUUUCUAGAAGAAAAUGGUCGCAUUGAAGUGGAUAUCAAAAGAUACGCCAAAGUAGAAAAAAUUCCUGGAGGAUCUAUAGAGGAGUCUCGAAUUUUGAAAGGUGUGAUGGUCAACAAGGACGUGACACAUCCAAAAAUGAGGAGAUAUAUCAAAGAUCCACGGAUCAUUCUUUUGGACUGUGCACUGGAAUACAAAAAAGGAGAAUCUCAAACCAAUGUUGAAAUUACUUCCAACAUGGAUUUCUCAAGACUACUGGAGCUUGAAGAGGAACACGUCAAACGUCAGUGCGAUGACAUUAUCGCCCUCAAACCUGACGUAGUCUUCACGGAGAAAGGUGUUUCUGACCUUGCCCAACAUUUCCUUCUCAAAGCUGGCAUUACUGCCAUACGACGAGUUCGCAAAUCAGACAAUAAUAGAAUCGCAAGAGCUUGUGGAGCUACCAUCGUCAACAGAACGGAAGAAUUACAGGAAUCCGAUUUAGGAUUGGGAGCUGGGCUCUUUGAAAUCAAGAAGAUUGGAGAUGAAUACUUCUGUUUCAUUGUCGAAUGUAAGGAUCCCAAGGCUUGCACCAUAUUGCUACGUGGCGCUAGCAAAGAUAUCCUGAACGAAACUGAAAGGAAUCUCCAAGACGCCUUGCAAGUAGCGAGAAAUAUAGUUCUGUCCCCAAGGCUGGUUCCUGGAGGAGGUGCCAUCGAAAUGGCGGUAGCCCAGCGAUUAUUGCAAAAGGCUAGUCAUGGUCCUUACAGGGCUUUAGCGCAUGCUUUAGAGAUAAUCCCUCGUACGUUGGCCCAAAACUGUGGUGCUAACACAAUACGUACGUUAACGACUCUAAGAGCAAAACACGCCAACCAUACAGACUUGAAUAAACCAUGCACUUGGGGUAUUGAUGGAGAGAGCGGUGAAUUGGUGGAAAUGGACAAGAAGGAGCUUUGGGAACCACUGGCUGUGAAACUUCAGACCUACAAAACUGCCGUAGAGACAGCCAUUCUCCUUUUACGUAUCGACGCGGUCGUUUCUGGUUCUAAGAAGAAGGGAGAUAAAGAAGUUCCUACCCCUAGCCAGAUGCAGCAGCAAGAGGCACAAGGAGCCGAGUAAUUUCUUGGGAUGCCUUUUAAUAUUCCAUUAAAUGCUUCAUAAUCCAUUUUUUCAUCUCAAUUUUCAGGUAUCGUUUGUACACCACUUCUUUUAACACAAUUAAUAAAAGUUACUUUUAUUGCUAA